GAUUGAGCUUCUCUACAGCGCGGCAAAGAGAGAUCAAACGAGAGGGACUAUGGAGAAAUAUACAGAGACUAGAAAGAAACAGAACACUAUAAUGGCACAUUAGAUGGGAAAAUAAAGAACGACAGAGAGAGAAAACAAAGAUAAAGACACCAGUGAGAAUUAGAAAAGAAGAAAGCAAGAGUUGGAGGACAUUCAUGUUCACUCUAUAGAGUGGACAUUGUGUUUGAGGUGUGGACAACAGCGCCAUGGAUAAAUGUUUUCUGUUUUCCAUCCUCUUUCUUCAGGGCCGUGUGUGCUGUGAAAGUCAGCCAUUACAGAAAGCAGAAGUCAACACAGACACAUAUGGAGACUUUGAUGCCAGACAGAUCUGGUCUUUUCCUCCCCAGAGUGAGAUAAACCAGGACAAUCCCAGUAUUCCAAUCUUGGAAUUCCCAGCAUUACGACCAGGGCUGGCCAGGAGGCGGAGAGAUUGGGUGAUUCCACCAAUCAGUAUUUCAGAGAAUGACAGAGGCCCAUACCCCAAAUCUGUGGUGCAGAUCAGGUCCAGCCAUGCCCGUGAGGUGGCCAUCAGUUACCAGUUGGUGGGACCAGGUGCGGACCAGCCUCCGGAGGGCCUUUUCACCAUUGAAAAGCGCUCAGGCAUGCUGUUUGUCACCAAGAUCCUGGACAGGGAGAUAACAAAGGAAUACAAGCUCACAGCUCAUGCCAUAGUAGUGGGCACUGAAGGAGACCGCCGUGCCGAAGCGCCCAUGGACAUCAUAAUCAAAGUGCUUGACCAGAACGACAACCGUCCAACCUGUACCAUGGACAUGUUCCAGGGCAACGUGAGUGAAGUAGCCCCCUUAGGUCAGCCGAUUCUGCGGAUCAGGGCCGACGAUAAGGAUGAUCCAGAGACGGAGAACGCCAUAGUGAGGUACAAAAUCUUAAGGCAGGAUCCACCCCAGCCCAACACUGAGAUGUUCUCCAUCAACGAAGUCAGUGGCCUCGUUAGUGUGGCCUCCGUGGGGCUUGAUAGCGAGACUCACCAAAGCUACAGGCUGACUGUAGAGGCAUCUGAUAUGGAGGGUCAAGGGUUGAAGACUACCUGCAACGCCACCAUCUCCAUCACUGACAGCAACGACCACGCUCCCAAGUUCAGUCAUACCACUUACACUGGCUCCAUAAGGGAGAAUGUUGAGGGUGGUGUUGUGGUGAGGCUCCCUGUGACAGACCUGGACCAGGCUCUGAGUCCGGCCUCAGCCACCACCUAUGCCAUCGUCAGGGGAAAUGAGAACGGCCUCUUCAAAAUCAGUACCGGACCCAGCAAGAUGGAGGGCAUCAUCACUUCUGCCAAGGGUCUGGACUUUGAACAGAAGCGUAAACACACACUUCUUGUUACCGUGGAGAAUGAGGUUCCUUUUGCAGUGCCUCUGCGCACAUCCACAGCUACUGUCAUUGUAGAGGUGGAGGACGUGAACGAGGCGCCUGAGUUUGUGCCUGAACAAAAGCUCGUCAAAGGAGCAGAGGACAUGUCUGUUGGUGCUGUGAUAGCUGAGUACAAAGCUAAAGACCCUGACACCGCUAGAGAACAAACAGUGAGAUAUAAGAUGUUGUCAGACCAAGCUGGUUGGCUGGAGGUGAGCCAGGACUCUGGCCUGGUUCGUGUGAGGAAUGCAAUGGACAGAGAGGACGCGCUGGUCAAAGAUGGAAAGUACACUGUCAUCAUCAUUGCCUUCGACAAUGAUUUGAGCCCUGCCACCGGCACGGGGACACUCGUGAUCGAGGUGGGCGAUGUGAACGACAACGCCCCCCUGGUGAAGGAGAGGCAUGUGCAGUUCUGUUCCCUCGACCCGGUUCCUGUUCCGCUCACCAUUCUGGAUGCAGAUGGACCCGGCAACGCCGAUCCUUUCACGGCCCAGCUGACGGAGGGCAGCCAGGCCAACUGGACCUUAAUCACCAACUCCAGCUCUGGUGUGGUGAGUGUGCGUCCCCGCCGGCAGCUGCUCCCGGAGGACUACCUUGUGGGGCUGCGUGUGUAUGAUGCCCAUUUGCUGGCGCAGGACAGCUCGCUGCGGGCGGAGGUGUGCCAGUGCAGCGGUGCCGUCACCAGCUGCUUCCACCCGUUGCCACGCUACGUCCCCGACACAGCCUCCCUCUCCAUGACCAUUCUGGGCACCGUGUUUGUCUUACUAUUGCUGCUGCUCCUGUUGAUCUGUUUCAUCAAGAGGAGGAGGGAGAAACAGGAAGUCCUUCUACCAGAGGAGGAAGUGCGAGACACACUCUUCUUUUACAACGAGGAAGGUGGAGGGGAGGAUGAUCAGGAAUAUGACCUGAGCCAGUUGCACCGUGGGCUGGAUAACCGACCUGAGGUGGUGUGUACUGACGUGGUCCCCACACUCAUGCCUGCUCUACCCUAUAGACUGAGACCAGAAGAGAACGAGGAGAUUGGGAGCUUCAUUAAUGAUAACCUGGCGGCUGCAGACAGUGACCCAGUGGCGCCCCCCUUUGACUCGCUGCUGGUGUUUGACUACGAGGGAGAGGAGUCCACCUGCGGCUCUCUCAGCAGCCUGCAGUCCAGCAGCUCGGACAGAGACCAUGACUACCUGCACCUGCAGCAGUGGGGACCGCGCUUCAGGAAGCUCGCUGACAUAUACGGAAGGGGCGAGGAUGACGACGAAGAGACACUGCCCGGGAGGAAGGAGUGGGUCUGAGGUGUGAUCGGAUGUGAGUGGACCAGACCACAUCUGACCAACAAGACCUCACCAACCCCUUCCACUCCAGCAUGGGUGCUUUUCCAAAAAGUGUAGUUUCUGGAAACAAACAGCAACUGAGAGUUUUUAACUCAUAGAUAAUUUGUAGUACUUUGUUUCUACAGUGAUCUACACCGAGGCUCUUACAAUGGUCAUUGCAUUAUCUGUAUAUUAAACAGAUAUAAAUCACUGAUUCUUGAUAAGGGAAAAAAAACACUUUUUAAGUCUUCAUUUUUAAAAACAAAAUCCAACUUAAUUCAAAAUUGCCUCAUGUAUAGAUACAGGUCUGGACUACAACAACAUAAAAGGGAACAGAUUUAUAUUAAAACGCUUUUUUUUGUGAAAAUGGACAUUUAUUCACUUCAUAAUUUCAUUUGUCUGGUGGAGAUGUUAAACAAAUCAAAAAUAUUUGUUUUUAUCUUAAUUUGAUCAAUUCAUAAAGAUUGUGAAGUUAUGCAUAUUCAUUGUAAACAUAUUCAAAGUUAUGUAUAUUCAUUGUUAUGAUUUUACACUAUUUUGGAAAACCCUAUUUUAAAAUACAUUCAUUUUGUAUAUUCAUAUUCAACCUUAAGCAUAUACUGUAUAAUCAGUAUGAAAGGAGGAAUGCCGGUGCAACGCAGAUGUCUUCUUUAGUAUUUAAAAUUGGUGUUAAAGUUUUUUAGUAUUAAAAAAAGUCAAAACUUUCAUCUUACAGUGUUGACAAACAACUGAUGGUGUUGACAAACAGCUGAAAGAAGCUAAUUACAAUCAGUUUUGACAUGGACACUUC